GUCGAAACAACUCAACUCUCUUUCCCCAAUUCACGUCCUCAAAAACCUAAUUCCAAAGCUAAAAUCAGAAACCUCUUGAUCCAUAACUUGAAAUCCAAGCCCUCAAUACUUUUCUUAAUCGAUUAAGAACAAGAAACUCAAAUCAUGAGGGAAAUCACUAUUUUUUUCAAAGUAUCUCUCUCUCAAUCUCGAGAGACAAACAAUCAGAUCCUGCCUCUUCGACGAUGAAGAACAAACCCAGAAUCAUGACAGAGGGUUCUAAAGCAGGACCAUCUCGAUUAAGACAUGCAAGUCAUCCUGUGAAUCACCGCUAUGAAGAACCUCCAAUCAAAGCUCCAAGCCACCGGCAAGCACCGUCCAAGCCGUAUCAUCUGGUUCUCUGCUCACAUCUUUCCACUGUCUCAUUGUGGAUUAUGCGCUCAAGAGGUCAAGAAGUUUAUUACUGCUAUUGAUGUUAUGUGGGUUCUAUCAUAGGUGGCUGGUUAAACUUCUUGACAUCAGCACACAUUGAUAAAUGCUAAUCUUUCAUAAAGUCUAGCCCUUUUCUUCUCAUGUCUUGCUGAAACUUCUACUCUUUUAAUCUUUUAAAAAGUAUUGACCUUAUCCACAUAUAUGCGUCCACAGUUCCCAUGUCCAUAGUUUAUAGUAUGUCAUAACCACAACUUUCUCCAUCCAUAUGUGGAUACUCAAUGCUUCUUUUUUGUAGCCUACCAAAUUCAGUUGUUUUGUUUGUUCUUAGGAAAGUGUGGAUACUCAAUUUUUUUUUGUUUCCCUGAGAUGCAUGUUACUUCAACAUUUUUGCUGGAGACCUCAGUUUAAAAGUUACUGGUGCUGCAUUAUAUCAAAAAGUUUGUUCCACUUGUUCAUAAGUUCUCAUCCUUGAUCAAUGAUACUUUUUUAUUAGUGAUCUUUAGAAUGUGAAGAUAGAAGAAGUGUGCAUGUCGAUUAGAAUAAGCCACAAGUUCACGAACUCUAAACCCACUUGCCUUUUGUAAGUAAAUUCCGGUGAGAAGUGAUAUUUGUCAAGGUCUCUUUCUUGAUUUGUUGCUAUGUUGUUUUUAUAUUAUAAAAUAUAUAAAACUGAAGUUAAAAUAUAGCCUUCCAUAAACAUUUAUGUAUUUUUAUCAAAAUAUAUAUAUAUAUAUAUUUAU